AUGAGCUCAGUUAGGCAAGGUAUAGUUUUACAAAUUCCCCAAAAGUGCAAUCACAAUAUUCAAAAUAGAUCCCGAAGUUCCAGCGCCCAAGACAGCCAAGAUGUUCAAUAUGGAGGCUCUGUUCAACAAGCUGUAGAACUGGUGGGUAAGAUGCUCGAGCAGACUCAAAUCGAGCUUGAAAAAAUGCUAUCUCAACAUGGUGAAGUCCCACCUUUGAAUUAUGGUUUGGACAUUGCAUUUUUUUUUUCUUCAUUACUAAUGAAUAUCACUCUGCGGGCCGAAGCAGUUGCUCUGGAAAAUGAAAAGAUUGAGUCCCAAAAACGAUACAAAGACCUUGAUAGUAAUUACCAGAAGAUAUCAGAAGAACUCAAAGCUUUCGGCCGCCAAACGGCCAGUGUAUCCGACAAAAGCGGUCAAGUUCAAGCAGAAUUAAAUCUUGCUCAAGCCAAAAAAGACAUUGAAAUAUUGAAAGCUGAGGUUGAGAACCUGGAAGCUCAGUGUAAUGACUUGAAAGCACAAGCUCAUCAGCCUCCUCAAAAUGUGCAAGAAUUACAGACUCAACUUGAGGAACUCAAGAAUCAGAAUAUAGAACUGCAAAGAAAGAAAGUCGAAAUGGUGGACAAGGAUCUCCACAUAUGGCGUCGAAUGGUCAGUAGAUAUAACUUGAUGGAGUCGUCUGGGCCAAUGCAUAUGUUUAAACCAGAAUAUCAUCGUAUCGUAAAGAUGGAAGCUGGACUUGCAGCUUUUGAAAAGAAGAUCCGGGAUGCUUCUGAAGGUGAUGACCACAUGGUGUCAAAUGUAAAACUGGUUCUUGCUAAUGACGCUGCAGGCGAUAUCCACAAAAAUCUUGACUACUAUAAUUGGAGAAAACUGACCUACAGGUGUGGAAAAUCGAUUCGAAAGAGAGUUUCAGAGAGGAGGAUAGGUGUUCUUUCGGCAGAUUUGGAAUACUUCUUGAGACCUUUGCCGGAAAAAAAUUAUAAACAUAUCGAGGAAAGAAUUUUAAUGAUGUGCAAAGAGGCCUUCAUCUUCGGUCAGACUCUGAGAGCGGAGCCACUUGAAAGUUACAAGAUAUAUUUUCCAGAACCCGGAGAUCCAAUAGUAUUCAGCGAUAGGAAAGAACUGAACACAAUGGAGAUAUGGGGUCAGGAAGGAGGAUAUCCCGCAGAUGAAGCUGGUACUGUUGCAUACACUUAUCUCGGUGGAUUGGCUUUCGCGGAUAAUCACAAACAGGAGUGGUAUCCACUUGCAACAGCGAAGGUAGUUGUAAAAUCGGAAGAAGAAAGAAGCUGGUGA